ACUUGUUCGGUCUUGUUCGCUUGCCGUAGGUAGCCUAUCUUCCCCUGCGCUGUGCUGGUGCGGCGCGUUUUCGUAGAUUUCCAGAUAAUGCGAAUAGGCCGACUGGGUAGGGAUCUCUUCAGGCGCCCUAUCACUACAGUUAACAGAUUCGGAAAUUAGCAUAGACUACCUUCUACCUCAAGGCAUUCUGUAUCGUUACAAGUACCGGUGGAUCAGCCCCAUUCAGACACUGGUGGCUGGCUCAGACAGGGUGCAAUCAUGGCCUCCUCAUCACUGAACACUUCUUUCAUUUGUUUUAUUUACGCUGCACUGAUUUUUGGAUAUGCACUGUGUGAAGAUAGUGAAGAAGACGAACAUGCGAAACAUACAUACACAGUUGACAUGUUCAACGAUGCAAUUCCUACAGCUCCGCACUUUGUGAUGUUCUUCGCUCCCUGGUGUGGCCACUGCCAAAGGCUGCAGGGCACAUGGAACGCGUUGGCAGACAAGUACAACAACAUGGACUCUCCACCAGCCUACUUUGUCAAAGUAGACUGCACCCAGGACGUCAAGUUCUGCUCCAAUAACCACGGCAUCCGGGGCUACCCCACCCUGAAGCUGUUCAAGCCAGACCAGGAGGCAGUGAAGUAUCAGGGGUCCAGGGACCUGGAGACGCUGGAGUCCUGGAUGCUGAAGACACUGGACGAGGAGCCUGCUGAGCCUGAGAGCGAGCCUGAGCCCCCUAAGGUCCCCGAGCCCAAACAGGGUCUCUAUGACCUCACAGCCUCCAACUUCAAGGGCCACGUCUCCAAAGGUGCCCACUUUGUGAAGUUCUUUGCCCCCUGGUGUGGGCACUGCAAAUCCCUGGCACCCACCUGGGAGCAGCUGGGCAUCUCCUUCGAGCAUUCCGAUAACGUCAAGAUUGGCAAGGUGGACUGCACCCAGCAUUACGAAGUCUGCUCGGAAAACCAGGUGCGCGGAUACCCCACCCUGCUCUUCUUCAGGGACGGAGAGAAGGUGGACCAGUACCGUGGGAAGCGCGACCUGGACUCCCUGAAGGAGUUUGUGGACGGCCAUGCGAAGGCAGCGGGCGAGGGGGAAGCUGACGAGGCCGCAGAGGCAGUAGCCAACAACGAGGUGCCCGUGCCCAGCGCAGAGCCGGAGAAGGAGGAGUCCAAGGUGGUGAUCCUCACUGAAGGCAACUUUGAUGAGAUUGUCGGCACAGGACUCAGCUUCAUCAAGUUCUAUGCUCCAUGGUGUGGCCACUGUAAGAACCUUGCUCCAGCCUGGGAGGAUCUGUCCAAGAAGGAGUUCCCCGGCCUCACUGAUGUCAAGAUCGCCAAAGUAGACUGCACCGUAGAGAGGACCGUGUGCAACCGCUACUCUGUCCGCGGCUACCCCACACUGCUCAUGUUCCGCGCGGGUCAGCAGGGGGAGGAGCAUAACGGAGGGCGGGACAUCGAGUCGCUGCACAGCUUUGUGAUGAAGCAGGCCAGGGACGAGCUGUGAGUGAUGAUGUCAUCAAAAGGCGCCAGCUGCUUCACCUGUGCUCUCAUCAGAAGUCCUCAUUAGGCACCACACAUUUUACACGCACACAUUGCAUUACAUUACAUUACACUCACUCAAUCAAAUCACUCGAUCACACACUCUGUAAAGGCUGGCAUCUCUUCUUUUCUAUAAGCCGUAGUGCACUUGUUUGAGUGCAAUGGCUGUACCACAGUGGACUACUUUUUUAUACCCGUUACCAUGGCACCGCCUUAUUAUGGGGUUUGGACGUCUUGUUGUGUUUUAGUCUUGUUCAAUGAAAUGUGAAUGUACACAGCUCAAUCCCAAUGUUGUUGGAGGCAUUGAAGAUGAUCCAUGUGACCAGAUUUUUACACGAGAUGGACAACCACUUUGGCAGCAGACAAACUCGAUCCCCUUUCUAGGUCUUUCUUUUUGUUUUUGUUUUGUUCUAUUGUUUUUUGUUUUGUUUGUGUUUUUUUUUUAAACAAUGAAGCGUGGAGGGUCUACUGUGCCUUCCACCAGAGAUCUCUCUUCACAGACAAAGUUACUGCGUCAACGUCUGAUUCAUCCGAGAGACCGUCAAAGAAAGGUCUACAGUAUGUUCUGUAUCAUGUUCAAGAAAAAAAAAAUCCUGGUCACUCAGAAAUCAUGAGGCAUCUGUAUUUACUGGACUUGAUUGAAAUGAUGGACUGGUUGGGAUUGGGGCUGGUCUAAAAAAGGGCAUUCUUGAACUUGGAAAUGGUGACGAUUUUGGCCAAUAUUGUCACUAUCUAAUAAGCGUCACUAUCUCAUCCUUUAAGUCAAGAAUGUACCGACUUAAGCCCGCCACUCAAGUCAUUUCAAACAAGCAGACCGUUGAGGGGGUUGGGGAGGGUAUUCAAGUGGUCGUCGUUGACCUGAUGGUUUUCAUGGUACGUUCAGCCACCCAUGCCAGUCCUGCCAGCCUCACUCGUUUCACAAUUUCAACUGAAAUCUCAGGGAACAUCACACGGCCCCUGAGUCCCUCAGCCCUCUGGCUGAGCCCUUAGCCAGAAAGGAGGAUGUAACUCUCCUUCCCUGAGUGAUGCAGCAAGUGGUACAUCUACUAAAAAUAGAGGAUGCCUUUUAGAGUUAGUUUUGCUUGAAAAAUGAACUUGUGAGACACCUGUAUUUAGUGAUGUACAACUUACAGCGUCAACUUAGCUGGGUUAGUCAGUAAACGACCUACUUGAAAUACCUACCUGAUCUUGUCACCAUUCACACCAUGAUUUAACACCUGCUUUAGUUUUUUUUCUGUAUUUGUCUUUGUCUUUGAAGGGAUCAAUGCACGUGUCAAUGUUAAAUAUGCAUCUUUUUUUCUGUAGUACAUAUUAAUUAUUGUUAGGCUUUGUUUGUGUUUGUGUAGAGUGUGCAAGGGAAAGCGAGUGUGAGUCUGAUGUCCUGAGCAUUGUCUGGCACUGUGACCGAUGUGUUAGGUCACAUCAUGUCCCCUAAUGUCCUAAUACUGGCUACCAGGGCAGAGACACGUUGACAUUAUGGGCUGCGUUUAUUCAUUUUUCCUUUUUGUCACCUCUAUGUAGAGCGACUAGAUGUUUGCUGAGUUUUGGCAGAGCGUUCAUUUUUCCUUUCGCGUGUCCCCUUAGUCACACAGGUGUCCACGCUGCACCAGACGGUAAACAGUGGAAAGCGGCACGCCUGUAAUAUGUGCACUCACUGACUUCUUAGCACAUCCUACUAAUAAACGUCGUAUCGGUCCAUGUAACUGUGGGUUAAUUCUGAGAAAAUGGUUGAGCAUUAAACCUGGUUUAGUUAACCUGAUGGUAGUGGUUAAUCAGUUCAUAAAAGCCUGGUGUCGUUUGUUUUUUACUAAAUGAUGAUGUCUAUAGGCUAUCUAUUAGCAGGGAUACCACUUUUUGAAGGUUAAUAUUGCCAGGUUUAUUGCUUGACUAUGUUCUUGCAAUAGCAGGCAGGUUUACUACUUGAUGCACUACAUAGUGGAUGAGUUGAGUACAUGUUGUGGACAGCAGCAGUGCGUGCUGCCUAGAGGCUGAGUGACUCAUUGAACGGCCGCAUUAGCCAGUGGCUCAGCGUGACCAGAUGCAUUAAGUUGCUGCACCACCCAAAAUCUGAACGGUCCUCACCCUUUCUGCAUCUGCACUCUGAGAUCCAAAACAAAAACACUGCGAUCAGUUGAUGUUAAGUAUCUAGCUGUUUACACUCAGAAUUGCUGACUUUUAUUUACUGUAUGGUGCACGCUUUAAGGCAGUUAUUAACGGUUGCUGGAAGUGAAAUACACUAGAUUUAUAAACAACUACAAUACAGACACUGCAGAGGGCCAUUUAGAUUUGAUAAUGUGAUUAUGAAUGCUUUACAGACUCUAACAGCGCUUUUGAUAAAUGCUAUUAGCCUAACCUCAUUUCUUUUGUCACCCGAUUUCUCACAGAGAAGUCAUUUAUUUGGUACGCGCCCAGCUGCAUUUGUGAUUUUUUUUUUUGUGAUUUUUUUUUUUAAUGCUGAAAGCUGAUCGUUUUGUGUGCGAGUGUGAGUUUGAGUUUGUAUACAUCAUUAUAAACCCAGAACUGUUUGUCAGAAGAGGCAAGGAGGGCAAGUGACAAUAAGAUCAGAGAGUUGAGACUGUGUAGCUAGCUAGUGUUUACGUCGUAGUGUAUGUGUGGUCCUAUGCAGUUAGUUUACUGUGUAUGUGUGGUCCUACACAGUUUACUGGGGGUUUGGACUCUCAUUAGCUGCUUAGACCUCAGACUUGUUUUUUCGGGUCUGUUUUAAUUCCCUUUAGAGGUUAAUGCUCUAGUCCACACGCAGAGCGAGGGACGGAGAGAGGGAUGGAGAGAAAGAAGGGAAAACAGGAGGCAGAGAAGAGGGGAAACCACUCACUACUCAAAGUAAAGAUCUUUAUGGAUAACACAUGUUGUAGGCAGACUCCAGUGACAGAAAAGCAGUAUUUUCUCCUCGCAAAAACAAAAAAAUAAGGUGGGAUGCACAUGAACUGCCCAUGAUAUAUUUUUUUCUUUUUUUUGUAAAAAAAAAAAAAAGAAAAACUGAUGGAAAGUUGUAACAAGAACAUUUCGUAAUAAAAGUCUUUUUUUCCAAAAAAUA